AUGAGCGGCAGCUGUGGAAUCGAGAACCCUUCUCUAUACAAGAACAAACGAGCAACGCAAGGUGAAGCCUAUGAACCAACAACAUACGAACACUGGGCAAACACCAUCUCCCAUGCUAUUGGCAUUGUUCCCAGUGUAGUGGUUUUUUAUCACAUGACUUCAAUCGCUCAUCGUGAUCUACAGUUCUACUUGAUGAUCAUUUAUGGAGUGUUCACUACGUUGCUGUUCUCGUCUUCCACUUGUUAUCACGCUUGUGAGCUGAAAUACCGCCAAAAAAGAGCGCAACCAAAGUUGCGGUAUUAUUUACACAUAUGUGAUCGUGCCGCUAUCUACUUGUUCAUUGCUGCAUCGUACACGCCGUGGUUGACUCUACGGCAUUGUGGAUACCCAGGAUUAAAUUUUAAAUGGAUGAUUUGGAUGUUUGCUCUGUUGGGCAUCUUGUAUCAAUACAAUUUUCAUGAAAAGUACAAAACCAUAGAAACGGUGAUAUACAUACUAGUCGCUGUAUGCCCAUCUGUUGCUAUUUUCUCCAUGAAUGAUAGAACAGGCUUAGAAUGGAUGGCUGUUGGUGGUCUGGUCUACAUAAUCGGAGUCAUAUUCUUCAAGAUGGAUGGUGUUAUACCAUUUGCUCAUGCCAUUUGGCACAUACACGUCUUGAUAGGUGCGUCAUGUCAUACCUAUGCUGUAUAUUCUUCGCUGCUCGGACCUGAUAUGAACAAUCCAGUCCCAGAUGUUUCUAAAGUUGAACUAUAACACACAAAAAUCUCAUCGACAAGGUCAAUCAUCUACUAGGUGCUCAGCAAACUUUUGAGUUUGCACUGUCUAGGGUAAAAUCUCAGUGGUUCUAUCUCAUAUGGUAUUUUACAGCAUCUGUACUCUGUUUUCGUAGAGUAGAUAGGAUCUUAGGCCGCUCCAGUAAUUCUUGUUGCCCAACCAAAGCUUGUUGUGAUUGUUCGAACUACGCAAAGUUUAUUUAUUUCCAUGCAUAAGGCCUGUCGAAUUCUUGGUGCAUAAUAUGAUCUUCACACUACUUAAUAAGUUUCCCUGUGCACAUGCACUUACUAACGCUGAAUCACCUCUACCUGAGCAUGAUAUUAUGUACAUAUUCGUGUGAUAAACUUCCUAGGAUGCGUGCUCGAUUGUUGAUAAACCUUGCCAUUGUGUAUUCGGAUCAUACAGGAUUGGGAGAAAGUCCUUGAACACGAUAUUUUUCAUCGUAAUCAUGAAGCUCGCAAAAACGAUCACAU